UUCUCCAAAAUCAAUUACUAUAUAAAAGAGAGUGAGAGAGAAUGAGCCCCCUCCAAACACUGAUCACUACAACAACCCAGGAUUUCUGUUCAUUCACUGCAUAGAAUACAAACUUAAUUUCAAUGGGUCGUCCUGCAUUGAAUCAACGGCAAGGAGGAGGGACAAAGAGGAAGAGAAAGCGCAAUGCCAAACAAUCUGGAGCAGAGACCUCCAGAAGGCGCGCUUUCAAGAAGCGAAUGUUGGUAUUGAAGACGAAAGCUUGCGAGCUCGCCGAGCUCUGUCCCGUCACCGUUUGUUGGGUCUGUUUCGGACCCGACGGAGAAGUCGUUACAUGGCCGGAAAAUCAGACAACUGUGAGAGACAUUAUUGGGACGUUCCAAGGACUUGGAGAGGACAAUAAGUGCAAACAAAGCUACGAUUUUUUGCGCGUUUUGCGGGACAAAAAGAGGAAGUUUGAAGGAGAAAUCAAGGGUAGGAAUUUGAACAAACAGUUUGUGGGCAAUUUUUCUAGAGAGGAAUUGGUUGAUUUGAGAUGUAAAUUGGAGUCCAAAUCUCAAGCUGUGUAUAAUAGGAUUAAUUCGCUUCAAAACCAGAUCAGGGAAAAGAAGGGGAAAGCUAUUAAAGUGUACAAAUUUAGCGAUUUGCUUAGUACCCAAACAGUAGAAUCAGCUCAACCUGGUGGUGAUGGACAAAUUGGGCAAAACCCAUUAAUGGGCUCUUCUAAUUCCUUCCAUGGUGAUUUAUUUAGUUCAGAAAAGGUGCAAUCACAUCAUGAUGUAGCACAAUUAACUCAAUCUGAUCAUGAUGGAGAUGGACAAAUUGGGCAAAACCCACUAAUGGGCUCGCCUAAUACCUACAAUGGUGAUUUGUCUGAUUUACAAUUUCUCCUACUUGACCCAGAAGUCCCACCUCUUGAUUUCAUGAAUGAUUCUACAAUGCAGUCUAAUGAACAAAAGUGUGAAGAUUGGUUGUCGGAUUAUGGUUAUUCAGGGAAUGAAAUUGGGACAACAGAGACUAACGAUGAUGAUUUGGUGCCCAAGAAUUUGGAUGAGAUUUCAGUGGGUUGGACUGACGACGAAGACAUUGAUGCCUUCCUUAACCUUGAUUGUCCAUCACUAUGGUCUGAAGAUGCGAGUAACAAUGUUACGAGCGAUAAAUAACAAUAAUGUUAUUGUGUCGUAACAUGGUAUUGUCGGAAGGAUCGUCACUUGAUCAAGCUUGUCCAGUCUCAA